AGAGACACAGCAUUCCCAGGGAGAGUAUUAUUGGUUGUAUACGGAAUUUUAAAUUAUAUGAUGACACUGUUGGGAAACCUGGGGUGAGCCACGAAGCUUCACCCUGCCUUGAUGGAUUCACAGAGAUGGGGACAUACUUCAGUGGCGGUCACAUCAUCUUAGAUAAUUACUUUACUGUUGGCUCUCAGUUUGUGUUAGCUUUUGAGCUGCGUCCUCAACACCUGACAGGUCUCCUCUUCCAUGUUAAAAAUGAAAAGGCCAGCCUUGAUGUGUUCUUAAUGGACAGCAAGGUGGGUGUCAAAGUGAAUGAUGGUAACAGGGCUGUCAAAGUCUCAGUGACUCCUCUUGAAAGCCUCUGUGAUGGAAAGUUUCACAUGAUUACAGUGUCAAAAGAAGACAAAGUUAUCAAACUAACGGUGGACUCUGUGUCUGACCAGAGAGAGGGCCACUACAUAUCCACCACACACUUAACAACUAUGGAUUCGCUUUACAUUGGAGGGACAACAAAGCAAAACCAAAUCCCAGUGUCAGCACCAUUUGUAGGCUGCUUGCGAAAUGUGAAGGUUAAUGGUACGCCUGUUACAUUUGAGACAGCAUCCAGGGUGGUUGGCCAUGUGAGCAUCAAUAAAUGUCCUGUAGACUGA